AUGCCAUCAUCUGAACCGUCCACAGCCGUUCUAGAUCACCAACUCAUCCGAUCAUCUCCUACUUUCCCGACCAACCCGUGCACCCUCGCAGAUGUGAAUGAGGACUCAGAGGAGGUUGCACAGAGCAUUGCGCUCCGUAUGAUCACCGAUGCCUCCACCAUCAGCGGUGCCCGCAUUAGUGUGCAUUCCACCUUGUCGAAGGAAGACGACACUUGCUUUCUUCAACUUGUCACUUGCCAUAUACGUGAAUGCCUGCCUUUAUCUCGGUAUCUCUUCGCCGUCGCCACAAUUGGUGCCAGCACUUCAAAUACCCUCGUCAUCUGCUGGUCAAUUCCGCAUGUGCAGCGGGCUGCGCUCCUUGCGUCUUCUAGAUUUCUAGGACGCGUCGAUGCAGUUCAAAACACGGGUACCCCCUUUGCUCAGGCUGCCUCCCUCGAGCGAAUGACGCCCCAACGAGCGUACGACGUACUUCACGAUUCAACAUCCCCAGUGCCUGUCUUUCUCGUGGACAUACACACAGCGUCACAACGUGAUCGUGAUGGCGUGAUCCAUAGAUCUCUCAUAAUCGAACGAAACGUUCUAGAAUGGCGUUUUGACCCACGCUGCGAAGUGCGAUUAGCAAUCGCAGAUCGCUAUGAUUCGAAGAUCAUCUUACAUUGUCAUGAAGGGUACAUCAGCUCAUUUGCUGCGGCGUCCUUCCAUGAGCUUGGGUUGUUGAAUGCAACUAAUAUAAUGGGCGGCCAUGUCACGUAG